GCUGACCAGUGCACCGGUCUCCAGGGCUUCCUGGUGUUCCACAGCUUCGGUGGAGGCACCGGCUCUGGUUUCACCUCCCUGCUGAUGGAGCGUCUGUCCGUGGACUACGGCAAGAAGUCCAAGCUGGAGUUCUCCAUCUACCCGGCCCCCCAGGUGUCCACGGCGGUGGUGGAGCCCUACAACUCCAUCCUGACCACCCACACCACCCUGGAGCACUCCGACUGUGCCUUCAUGGUGGACAACGAGGCCAUCUACGACAUCUGCCGCAGGAACCUGGACAUCGAGCGUCCCACCUACACCAACCUGAACCGACUCAUCAGCCAGAUCGUGUCCUCCAUCACUGCUUCUCUUCGCUUCGACGGUGCCCUCAAUGUGGAUCUGACAGAGUUCCAGACCAACCUGGUGCCGUAUCCCCGGAUCCACUUCCCUCUGGCCACCUACGCCCCCGUCAUCUCGGCGGAGAAGGCUUACCACGAGCAGCUGACCGUAGCUGAGAUCACCAACGCCUGCUUUGAGCCGGCCAACCAGAUGGUGAAGUGCGACCCUCGCCAUGGCAAGUACAUGGCCUGCUGCCUGCUGUACCGUGGAGACGUGGUGCCCAAAGACGUCAACGCCGCCAUAGCAACCAUCAAAACCAAGCGCAGCAUCCAGUUCGUGGACUGGUGCCCCACCGGCUUCAAGGUGGGCAUCAACUACCAGCCCCCCACCGUGGUUCCCGGGGGAGACCUGGCCAAGGUGCAGAGGGCUUUGUGCAUGCUCAGCAACACCACCGCCAUCGCCGAGGCCUGGGCUCGCCUGGACCACAAGUUUGACAAGGUCCAAAUCCAGGGUCCACCAUCGACUAAAACUGGACAAACCCCCAGUCUUUGA